AUGCCUCGGACAAUCGCAUAUUCAUUCUGUUUUCAGUUGCUUUCAUCGGCCGUUCGAGCCUAUAUGCCUGUUCACGUGUUCGUUUACCAGUUUCUUUGUAUCACCGGCGUUUUCGCGAAUAUUUCAAUCAUCGUUGUGUUGCUGCGACCGGCGAUGAGAAAGAAUCCGUUCAACGUAUUUCUAACAUCGAUUGCAGUCUGUGAUAUGACCUUAAUGGCCUUUUACUUCAUUUAUAAGCGGGUAGAGGUGUGUCAUCCGACGUAUUUCUCUUAUUUCUGGAUCGUCUUCACGUAUUUGUACGCCAUCUUGUCGGUAUUUGUGCAUUCUGUUUCACUAUGGCUCACCGUGAAUAUGGCCAUUCUACGAUAUCUUGUGCUGAAACGAAGCUCAAACUCGCAGUCAGCUCUGCCGAACGUCAACAGUUUUUCGGCUGCUUUUGUCGCAAUUGCGCUCGGCAUUUUGAUAUCAUUUAUCGGUUCGGCACCAAAUAUGCUCAGAUAUGAGGUGAGUGCUUGCACAAUGUGCACAAUUCGCUUGCCUCAACAAAGUCCUCUUCAGAGAAUUCAAUAA